AUGUCCUCCUCAACCCCUCGCCGUUCAAGCCGCACCUCCAAAUCCGACGGCAAGAAGUCGAACCAGUCCCCAAAACCACCCGCCAUCGGCCCCCUCACCGCUCUCGGCUGUCCACCAGCGCAGGGCCACACGUCGAAGCGGACCGACAAAGGCCUAAAGCGAUCUGAACGAGAACUCAUCGGGACCAUCGAUAGCGAGAGGGAGCCACCGCCGGUCUUGGGUCCUACAAAGGUCUUCGGAUCCCCGAGGCCCCAGGGUCACAUUCACUUUGCAGAGAAGUCGUCCGGCCGGCGCGAGAAGUUGAAGCGUUGA